AUUCCAUUUCUAAAUCAUCUAAAGGAAAGUAGGAGAAGUACCGUGUAUUUGCUCCAGUGAAUUUGCAUCCUUCCUUGUAGGUUCAUGGGACAUUCAUUCAUAGUGAUGAUAGCAUGAUAGGCUCUCUCUGCCUUCUCCAGUAUACCCAAGUCUAGAUAUUUUAGUGACAAUCGAGUUGCCUCUGUUUGAAUUUCAGACAUUCUAGGGAGAGCACCUAAGUGAGUAAUAGUUUCUAAGAGAAGGGUGUAAUGACUUGAAGUAAUGUUGGGAAUAGUUGCAUAUUGCAUGGUUGUCCUGUCAGGACAGUGAUGCCACUGACAGAAGGAAUAAUCAAACACAGUUUGAGAGUGUAAUGUUUCUUUAGUAGCAAAUGACAUGGUAACUCAGCAGACAAUAUAGCCUGCUCAGUGCUGCUGGUGACACCCUCCACCUCCAUCCCUCUGCUGAUCCAAGAACCAGCUUAGCAGGCACAAGUAAUUGGAGCAAACCCAGCACAUUCUUGGGUGUUUGCUGUGAGACUGGAUGAAUUCAAAGACAGUUUCCUAGGUGUAACAUCAUUCAGCAGGCCCCAGGCUUUAAGCCUGCCUAGAAUCCAUUCCUUUUUUGUUUCUUUGUGCUUUUUUUGAGACAUGGUCUCUGUGGCCCACACUGGAGUGCUAUGGUGCAAUCACAGCUCACCACAUCCUCAACCUCCCAGGAUCAAGUGAUCCUCCUGCCUCAGCCUCCCAAGUAGCUGGGACUACAGCCAUUCCACCCUAUGGUGAAUCUGGAUUGUUCUCGGGAUUUCCGGCCUUUUCUUUGUGCUCUGUAUGCUCCUAUUUGUAUGGAAUAUGGACGUGUCACACUUCCCUGUCGUAGGCUGUGUCAGAGGGCUUACAGUGAGUGCUCGAAGCUCAUGGAGAUGUUUGGUGUUCCUUGGCCUGAAGAUAUGGAAUGCAGUAGGUUCCCAGAUUGUGACGAGCCAUAUCCUCGACUUGUAGAUCUGAAUUUAGCUGGAGAACCAACUGAAGGAACCCCAGUGGCAGUGCAGAGAGACUAUGGUUUUUGGUGUCCCCGAGAGUUAAAAAUUGAUCCUGAUCUGGGUUAUUCUUUUCUGCACGUGCGUGAUUGUUCACCUCCUUGUCCAAAUAUGUACUUUAGGAGAGAAGAACUGUCAUUUGCUCGCUAUUUCAUAGGACUGAUUUCAAUCAUUUGCCUCUCUGCCACGUUGUUUACUUUUUUAACUUUUUUGAUUGAUGUCACAAGAUUCCGUUACCCUGAAAGGCCUAUUAUAUUUUAUGCAGUCUGCUACAUGAUGGUAUCAUUAAUUUUCUUCAUUGGAUUUUUGCUAGAGGAUCGAGUAGCCUGCAAUGCAUCCAUCCCUGCACAAUAUAAGGCUUCCACAGUGACACAAGGAUCUCAUAAUAAAGCCUGUACCAUGCUUUUUAUGGUACUCUAUUUUUUUACUAUGGCUGGCAGUGUAUGGUGGGUAAUUCUUACCAUCACAUGGUUUUUAGCAGCUGUGCCAAAGUGGGGUAGUGAAGCUAUUGAGAAGAAAGCAUUGCUGUUUCAUGCCAGUGCAUGGGGCAUCCCCGGAACUCUAACUAUCAUCCUUUUAGCGAUGAAUAAAAUUGAAGGUGACAAUAUCAGUGGCGUGUGUUUUGUUGGCCUCUAUGAUGUUGAUGCAUUGAGAUAUUUUGUUCUUGCUCCCCUCUGCCUGUAUGUGGUAGUUGGGAUUUCUCUACUCUUAGCUGGUAUUAUAUCCCUAAAUAGAGUUCGAAUUGAGAUUCCAUUAGAAAAGGAGAACCAAGAUAAAUUAGUGAAGUUUAUGAUCCGGAUUGGCGUUUUCAGCAUUCUUUAUCUCGUACCACUCUUGGUUGUAAUUGGAUGCUACUUUUAUGAGCAAGCUUACCGUGGCAUCUGGGAAACAACGUGGAUACAAGAACGCUGCAGAGAAUAUCACAUUCCAUGUCCGUAUCAGGUUACUCAAAUGAGUCACCCAGACUUGAUUCUCUUUCUGAUGAAAUACCUGAUGGCUCUCAUAGUUGGCAUUCCCUCUGUAUUUUGGGUUGGAAGCAAAAAGACAUGCUUUGAAUGGGCCAGUUUUUUUCAUGGUCGUAGAAAAAAAGAGAUAGUGAAUGAGAGCCGGCAAGUACUCCAGGAACCUGAUUUUGCUCAGUCUCUCCUGAGAGAUCCAAAUACUCCUAUCAUAAGAAAGUCGAGGGGAACUUCCACUCAAGGAACAUCUACCCAUGCUUCUUCAACUCAGCUGGCUAUGGUGGAUGAUCAAAGAAGCAAAGCGGGGAGCAUCCACAGCAAAGUAAGCAGCUACCACGGCAGCCUCCACAGAUCACGUGAUGGCAGGUACACGCCCUGCAGUUACAGAGGAAUGGAGGAGAGACUACCUCAUGGCAGCAUGUCACGACUGACAGAUCACUCCAGGCAUAGUAGUUCUCAUCGGCUCAAUGAACAGUCACGACAUAGCAGCAUCAGAGAUCUCAGUAAUAAUCCCAUGACUCACAUCACACAUGGCACCAGCAUGAAUCGGGUUAUUGAAGAGGAUGGAACCAGUGCUUAAUUUGUCUUGUCUAAGGUGGAAAACUUGUGCUGUUUAAAAAGCAGAUUUUAUUGUUUGCCUUUGCAUGACUGAUUGCUGUAACUCGCUGUUAACAUGCUUUCAGUCAAGUGCAGAUUGUGUCCACUGGAAAGGUAAAUGUUUGCUUUUUAUAUUGCAUCAAACUUGGAACAUCAAGGCAUCCAAAACACUAAGAAUUAAAUCAUCACAAUAAUAAUUAGUCUUUCUAGGUUAAAAAGAGAUAAUUAUUUGUCUGGUAAGCAUUUUUAUAAACCCACUCAUUUUAUAUUUAGAAAAAUCCUAAAUGUGUGGUGACUGCUUUGUAGUGAACUUUCAUAUACUAUGAACUAGUUGUGAGAUAACAUUCUGGUAGCUCAGUUAAUAAAACAAUAUCAGAAUUAAAGAAAUUUUCUAUGCAAGGUUUACUUCUCAGAUGAAUAGUAGGACUUUGUAGUUUUAUUUCCACUAAGUGAACAAAGAACUGUGUUUUUAAACUGUAAGGAGAAUUUAAUAAAUCAGCAAGGGUAUUUUAGCUAAUAGAAUAAAAGUGCAACAGAAGAAUCUGAUUAGUCUGUGAAAGAUUCUCUCAAAAUCCUAUUGAAGUAAUAUUCAUCCAGAGAUAUUCAGGAUUUGGAUUAGUAGUAGAAUAAAGAGAUGGGCAUUCUUUCCCCUAUAAUUGUGCUGUUUUAUAACUUUUGUAAAUAUUACUUUUACUGGCUGUGUUUUUAUAACUUAUCCAUAUGCAUGAUGGAAAAAUUUUAAUUUGUAGCCAUCUUUUCCCAUGUAAUAGUAUUGAUUCAUAGAAAACUUAAUGUUCAAAAUCUGCUUUGUGGAGGCAUGUAAUAAGAUAAACAUCACACAUUAUAAGGCUCUUUAUGGUAACCACAGUUAUAAAAUGGCCAAGUAUUUUCUCUGUAUUCAUUGUUGUAUUUUUCUGCAGUGAGAGCUGAUCUUGCCAAAGCCACCAGACCUUGGCAUCCAGGCCCUCCUAUAGUGAGUUGAUUGUCUGCUCUCGCCUUGCCCUAUAGCUAGUAGGCUACAGCUUUUGCCCCACACUCUUAUUUUCAGAUUCUGGAUCAUUCUUGUUUACAACCGAAAUAUAUAUAACCUCGGUCCAAAGUGGUGAUUGAUUUGAGUAUUUGAAAAUCAUUGUAGCUAAAUGAAGCAUGAUUAGUAGUCUUACUAUAUCAUUUAAUCUUAAAAAAUCAAGUAAAAAAUGUUUAUCUGGUAAUGUUUAAAUAAUUUACAAUAUAAACUGUAAACCUUAUUAGGCAUGAAAUCGAUCCGAAGAGAAAGAAAAAUGCUGGAACAUGCUGGAUGUGUUAUGUAAAAAGCAUAUUUAAAGGGUCAUCAACCCUGACUGCAGGUAAGAAUCACUUGGGUGAUUCUCUAACAACUUCCUCUCAUACAAAUAAGAAUUGGUAGCUUUCUUAAAAAGGACGAAAUGCUUUCCAUGUGAUUCUAAUCUGCAGCCUGGCUUGAAACUCACUACUUUAAACUAACUUGCCCCGAUGAUCUGAUGGCAUCAUAUUAUAUCAUAUGAACAUCCAUCCACAUGGAUUCAGUCUUUCGAUUUUAUAUCAUUAUCUAAUAUUUAAUUGUUCUCCACUUUAUUAUUCAUUAUAAAAUGCAGAAUUCUGGGCUCCACUCCUAAAGAGACUUAUUCUGUAAGGCCAAAGUGAUAGGACUUUAAAAUCUUUAGUUAUAAAAACACCACAGGUGAUUCUUAUACAGGUAAUUCAAGAAUCAUACUUUGAAGAAUUAUUCUAGACUCUGAAGAGGCCUGGCUCUGCCUUAUGCUAUUGUUUCUGACCUUUAACAAUUCUCUUCGAGCCUCAGUUCCCUUGUUUGUAAAUGAAGAUAAAAAAUACUUACUCUACCUACCUCACAACGUUGUCAAAUAAGAUCAAAUGAAAAAAAUCAUGUGAAAGCUCUUUGAAAACUGUAAAGCAUGAAUGAUAAGGGAUUAGGGUAUUGUGGAUUUAAGAGGUUUGAGGACUGCUGUAGUACAUUCCUUGACAUGUGUUGAAUUUAUGUGUACUUUUCUUUCUCACCCUUUAAAACAGAAACUACCAAGAAAUUAGGUGUUGAAAAAGAAUCUUUUCAGGUAGCAAAGUCAGUUUUCUGAUAGUAAUAAUUUGUCUUAUUAUAUAUUUCAAAGUACAUAUAUGAUAUGAAUUAUUCUUCAUGAGAUAUAUUUGAAUAUUUGGCCCAAAAUGUUUUUUGGUUUUCUCUAUGUUCAUUGCCUUUCUCCUUGGAACUGGAGUUAACACUCAAGGCAGGCAGGUCUGAAUUCCCACAUAACUGACAAUUAGUAAACAUUUUCUCUGAAAGCCAAACAUAAAACAACUCAUUUAUCAAUAAUUCAUGAUGCUUUUGUCUGAGAAUCUGCCCUGCAAACAGCAUGAGAGAACCAAAACAAACAUUUACAAACAAAAAUAAGUUAAAAUAGAAGGUACCAGUUUGAGCCUGAAGAUGUUGUCAUCCAUUGCCAUCUGCAAUAUAUUAUCAACUGCCAAGAUGUUAAUUGGUUUUCUUCUACAAGUGGGCCAAGUAUAGACAGUUAAGUGAACAUCACCAUGAAAAUCUUAACUUGGUGCUUCCAGAUUUUUAGAUAUUCAUUUGUACUUUCCCCUUUAAUUGUUGGUAUGUAUGGGAAUACUAUAUUGACUUUUCAGUUACUUUCAAUAAGUAUCUUAAUUUUGUCCCACAAAAUUUAUGUAAUACUGUGGGGCAAAAUUACAUAAUGUAAUCUUGUGAAUCCAUGGUUUUAAAGAACAGUAUUUAGUUUGGGCAGCAGUUUCAAGUCUCAACUAGCUUAAACCAAUCUGAACAAGUCUGGACAGUUUUCCUACCAUAUGUUUAACUUUGAUUGGCAUACGAUAAUGUUUAGUGUUUUCUUUUUUCAGUUGACAACUGAGAAAAUAAUAGUUCUCUCUAAAAUGUUAAUAUAUUAUCAAAAGGUUUUCAAAAAGUACUCUGCUUUCAGCAACAUUGUUUUACUCAAUAAUUAGACAAAAGACCUAAGAUAAUAUUAAACUCAGAACAGUGUGUUUCAAAGAACAAUUGGUUAAUAACUCAGCUGGCACAGGGCUUCAUACACAGUUUUUCAGUAAAUAUUUAAAUUAACAAUUCAUGUUACACAACUUGCUUUUACCCUAGUAGUGAGUCUCACAUCAAAGAAAUUUGUAAGAUCUAAAUUUAAUCUAUGUGAAAUGAAGUCUGCUUUACCAGAAUAAUAUGGGGCAGGUAAUAAAUAUGUAAAUUAAACCAAAUAAAACAUUUUGCAUAGAUGAUAGUCCAUAUCACUAUUUUAAUUAAAGAAAUUUAUGCACAAACAUGUACCAAUCCUUUUAGUUUUAGAAGAUGAAUAGUGAUUCUUACAAGUAAGUAAUGAGGCUCCUGUUAGUCUUACGCUGUUAGAUCUUUGUGGACCAGUUGGGUAAAUAAAUCUUCAAACCAACCUUCCUUUUUCUGCUGCUGUUAGAGCAGAUUUAUAAAAAUUCUGAGAAUGUCUUCAAAUUAGAAAAAUUUACUGCAUUUUAACCUACCUCAUCAGUUUCUUUGUGAUAACAGCUGGAAAUAACUCAAAUUGUACCCAUCUUAGUUUAGGCAAUAUUUCUUUGAAAUAAAAGGAACAACUUAAUGUUUUUAUUAUAUAAAUUAGUGAAUCAUUUGCCGGAGCUUAGAAAACAUUAACCUACCAAAAUUUCAUUAUGACGAUAUUUAUAUUGCUUUUUGACGUGCCAAAGGUCCAUUUACAUAUUACCAUAUUUGGAUGACUUACAUAGUCUAGUAUAAUGAAAAUUCCCCUGGGCUUGGAAUUUUAAGACUCAUAAUUUUAGCCAGUAUGGGCCUGAAAAAAAAAGACAUAAUUAUGAUGUCAACUGGACUGGUCAUUUAAUUUCUCUGAAUCUUUGUUUCUUCAAUAUAAAAUGAGGUUAAGGUAGUUUUCAGUUUUAGCCUCCCUCACUGGACACUGUAAGGAUCAAGUGAAAUAACAUUUAUUGUAAUGCUCUAUAACCCAUAAAUUACUCUACUUGAAAACAUUUUUUUAGAGACAGGGUCUUGCUCUGUCACUCGAGCUGGAGAGCAGAGGCACAAUCAUACCUUGAACUCCUGGGCUCAAGCAGUCCUGCAGCUUCGGGCUCCCAAGUAGCUAGGACUGUAGGCAUGCACCACUAUACCUGGCUAAUUGUAAUUUUUUUUUUCUUUUUUUGAGAUGGAGUGCGGCUUUGUUGUCCAGGCUGGAGUGCAGUGGCGCGAUCUCAGCUUACUGCAGCCUCCACCUCCCAGGUUCAAGUGAUUCUCCUGCCUCGGCCUCCCGAGUAACUGGGACUACAGGUGCGUGCCACCACGCCUGGCUAAUUUUUGUAUUUUUAGUAGAGACGGAGUUUUGCCAUGUUGGUCUCGAACUCCUGACCUCAAGUGAUCCGCCUGCCUUGACCUCCCAAAGUACUAGAAUUACAGGCAUGAGCCACUGCACACAGCUUACUUUUAAUUUUUUAAAUUUUUUGUAGAGAUGGGUCUCACUUUGUUGACCAGGCUGGUCUUGAACUCCUGGCUUCCUAAAGCUUUGGGAUUACAAGCAUGCCAUCAUGCCUGAUCCAUAAAGUGUUCUACUGAUACCAUUUGAUUUUGUUAGAAUUUGGGAGGCUGUAGAAACCAAGGAUAUAGUCUUCACUAGUAUUUCUUUUUAGCAACAACAACAAGAUAGGCAAUUAGACCAGUAUUCAUUUGGUACAGUCUUUAAAUCAGUGAUCCAAUUAACUUCUAAAAGGCAGGUUACGCUCUUAAAUUGUAUUGGCUCUUUAAUAUGUGUUAUACCAGAGUAUGCUCUCAAAUUUUAUGUAGUUAAUUUGUAGAACAAAUUUGGGGAUAUUCAUUAUAUUUUUCCUUUUAUAUCAAAUUGUAUAAGUACAGCCGCUUGAUUUAAAUUAUAAGAAAAAUAUAAAGAAGAAUGUAGACCCUAUAAUAUUUGUCUUUGAUUUUUUGGCUUUUAUGUACCUAAUUCUUUCUGAUUGAGAACAAGUUUUGAAACAGUGAUUCACUUGUUGGUUUUCAUCAUUGCAAAACUUUAAAUUUUAAGUCAUCGUACUAUGAGAAUUGUUUGUACACAUUUAUAAUUUUUUAAACUGUAAAGAUUUUUUUCUCCAUUCUUCACUUACAAAGGAAUAGCAUUUUUAUGGAACCUAGAUUUGCAAAGGAACUUGUGAUUCUUUUAAAUGUUUUUGUGUCUUUUUACAAGUGAUUAAGAAAAAAUGUUUACAUUUAAUUCAGCUGUAUUUCCUGGUAGCUGUAUAAUCUUACACAUUAUUCUUUUAUAACUUGGACCUAUUUUACAGGAAAACAAUUGUGUUGGCAUCUCUUCAUAAUCUAGUUCUCUUCUCCUCUUCUUUUGUUCUAGUUAGAUGAGUUUGGGAAAGGAAUAGGAAGACUAGGCAUCCCAUGCCUUCCAUCUGACUGUAAUCAGUCUCCUGGGUUUCUUUCUAAUUUAAUUUUAAUCCUGUACUUCUUUAGUCAUCAAAUUGAUAGAGGAUUACAAUUUUCUCUCAGGAUCCAAGUCUUCUAAGAAUGAAAAUGUUUAAAGUAUACCCUGAAGCAGCCAUCCUUGUAGACAUUUCUAUUCAGUUGAUUUAUAAAGAUUUAAUAUGAAUUAAACAUAUUUCUUAUUCUGUGAUCUCUAAUUAGAAAGUAAAAUUUUGUUGCCAUAAAUAUAAAAGUUUUCACUUAUAUUUUAGUCAAACACCAAACCAGUACAUUACGUACUUCCUAUAAGACACAGUGGUUGCCAUCUGUUGAAAUGCAUUGAAGAAUAAUUUCCUUCAGAUUAUUUUUUUAAUCAUCAUCUGCCUCAGGAAAUCUGCUAUGUUCUUUUUUGAAUAUUUUUGUUGGUGUGAAAGCAUUGCUUAUACUUUAUGUUCAUUUUAUUUAUUGGUCACUAUCACCAGUUUUUCCCAACAGAGAUUAAACAAGUUUUUUACCUUGAAAUAAUUCAGAUUUUGAAGAUUUACUGCUCUAUUAUUUUGCUAAUUACCUUUUUUUUUGUUAAACUUAGAGCUUAAUAAUUUCUAUUUUCUAUCCCGGAGUCUAAAAUUAAACAACAAAAAAAAUUCUAUUUUCUAAAUUGGCCAGAUUUUUUUAAUGAUUAGUAAAAAUGCAUUAUGUUAUUUUUUUAGAAUACCAUAGGAUUUUGAGUCAGGAAACCUGAUUUCUGACCUUGCCUCUCUUUGCACUUAGCUGUGUAACUUUGGACUAGACAUUUUACCUCGUGGUGCCUCCAUUUUCUCAUUGUCUAGGGAAAAAGAAUUUGUUUAGGUAGAAUCUUAAAUUCCACCCAGUUCUUAUUUCGUUCUCCUUUGACCAUUUUAUAAUCAGUAUUUUGGUCUCAUUCCUAUUCUUGUUAUUCACCCUGUAAACUAGAUCAACUUGUAUUAUUAGUGCCAUUUACAUGUAAAUUGAUGGGAUUCAGAUAUGUUAUUAACUGUGUUUCCAUUAGUGAUUUUAAGUAAUUUUAAAGAAGGAAACUUAUAUUACAGAUAAUAAAAAUGAAAGAAAGCUAUAAAUAUUGGACAUGGAUUAUUUUUUAAAUGGGGAAGUCUUCUUAAGCACCAAUAUAAGCACCUUAAAUUGGUAUCUAGAAAACAAUGACAUAAAAUUUUGUGGUCUUUGUUCUCUUAAAUAUGAAUAUAGCUAGUUAGCUUAAACUUUAAACAAAAUGUAUUCAAGAUGAAAUAGUGAUAACAGUGGUUCAUAUGGCUAAUUUAAAAGCUAUCAGAUUUAGCAAUAUUAAAAUAAUUUUAAAAUGCAAAAGAUAUUUCAGAGGAAUUGACUGAAAAUUUUUUGUUCAGUAAUUAUUCUUAAGCUGCAUUAUAAUAUUUAUUACAUAAAUAUAGUUACCAGAUUGCUAUGGGCAGGUGAAUGUCUUCAUUUGAAAUAUUAUUAGAGAUCAGUGUGGCUUGUUAUUUUUAAUUUUUUUCUGGCUAUACAAAAAUUGUUUCCAGAAAGGUUAAUUGUUAUCUGAUAAAAUGUAGAGAUUGAGGCCGGGCGCAGUGGCUCACUCCUGUAAUCCUAGCAUUUUGGGAGGCUGAGGCGGGCAGAUCAUCUGAGGUCAGGAGUUCGGGACCAGCCUGGUCAACAUGGCAAAACCCCGUCUCUACUAAAAAUACAGAAAUUAGCUGGGCAUAGUGGCGUGUGCCGGUAAUCUCAGCUACUCGGGAGGCUGAGGCAGGAGAAUCAUUUGAACCCAAGCAUGGAGGUUGUAGUGAACCAAGAUGGAGUCAUUGCACUCCAGCUGCCUGGGCAACAAAAGUGAAACUCUGUCUUAAAAAAAAAAAGGUAGAGAUUACAUUAGUUCCAUCUCUCAGCAGAGUUCUCUGGUAGUGUUCUCUGUGGACUAGGCCAAGGAUGUUCCUGUUACUUUUAAAGAUCAUUGUCUUUGCUCUGAUUGUCUACAUUAGUUCAUAUUAAACUUUUGAACACUGGUGUAUAGAUUUACAGUCUAGGUGUUGGGUUAGGAUCUGACGAGUAGAGAAUAGUGGAAAGCUGAUAUAGCAAGGUGGACUGGUUUCUGGUGUGAUUUCUUUAGCUACACUUGAUUCCUUGUCUUACGUCAUUUCAUGGAUCAUGUAAUUCUCCUAGCUUUCAGAAAUUAAAUUAGAUGCCCAGCCUUUCUCAUUCAGAGAUGCCUAUAUUAUUAUGUUAUUUUGAUUGCCUACCAAAAAAAAAGAAAAGAUCUGUUUUCAGUUCUCUGGCUCUGCAAGUCUUUGUGAUCACAUUUGUUAAAUUGAAUCUGAGGUUCAAAUAUUACAUUUAAUGUUUUCUGGAUUUUGAUAAUAGGAUAUUCUGUAAGAUAAAGCAACAAUCCUAGAGUGAUUUACUUUAUGUUUAGACAUCCACCAUUUUUCUAUUUCUCUAUUCCUCCCAUUCUCCAUUUUUAAAAGGAAAUUUACAAAUAUCUUCACUUGUCCUUGCCUCAGACAAUUUUUCCCUGAACUCAUCUUGUCAGCAGAAACAUUUAUUAGGAAAUAAUUCUGUAUUUCUGAGACAAGAUCAACACAGUAGUUCUUUACAUUGAGCUGAGGUGAAUGUAUACUUAAAAAUACUCUAUUUUCUUUCUAUAUGAACUUAACAUUUUAAAAUCAUAUAAAGGACUCCCCAAUGUGAAAAUAUUAGUCUGGACGUCGUUCUCCUGCCAUCAGGUGCUAUUUCUAUCUUAGCUGUGAGUUAGACUAAAUCCUAAUGUUGUAUCAUUCAUCUUUUUAUAAUAUUUAACUUCCCUAGAAUCAUCCCAUUUCACAUCUUUAACCUCAGCUUCCCACAACUUUUCUGCUUUUAUUUUCAAAUGCCAAUUUUAUUUUUGUGUUUUAUUUUCUCAUUGAAGUGUAAAGGUAUCACAUAUAUAAAGAAAUGACUAGUUUAGAGAUUUACUUUGGCAUAAUAAAGAUUGAUAUUGAUACCACACACCAUCCCUUUCCGCUAGCCCCAAAAAAGAAGUUUGACAGCUCAAAAACUAUUAAAUUAUUUUAUCUGUAUUUAAUAGAACAGUGGAAGCUGUUUCUUCAGAAUUCAAAUGUUUUACCAAAAACAGACAAAUAAACUUUUCUGUAUUUUAAUCUGACAAUGAAUUUGGGAUUAUUUAUGUAAUAUAUCUAUAAUUAAUAGUAAUUAUUAGUUGUUUCACUCAUAAUUUGUGAUACCCGACUCAUAUUUAUUUAAUGUGAACUGUUUUUUUACCCUUUUUUGUUUCAUUUUGUUUUCUUAACUUUUUUCGGUGUUUUCAUGGUCACAUCUCAGCAGACAAACUCUACUGUAGAUCAGCUGUUCUCAAAGUCAGGCCAAGGAGGUUUUUGCUACCCAGUCAUAGUUCGAUAAUACAGCAUUAUUUUUAACUACAUGAAAUUGCUAGUUUUAUUGGUCAAAAAUGAACAGAUGCUAGCAAUUUCAUAAUAUAUAUUCAAGAAGGAACCAAACAAAAGAUCUUUUAGAAUAGAUAUAUUGACUUCUUGUCAUAAACCUUAUCAACAUACCAGAGGCUUUAUGAAGGAAACUCUACAGAUAACCACGAAUCUUAUCAAGAAAAUUCUCCUUUAAAACAAUUAUCCUUUAUUUUGUUGUUAAAUUUCCCAGUUUUGAAAAAUGUUUUAUCAAAAUGACUCCGUAAUUGAAGCACAUGCCUUUUGGGAGUAUAUUUGUUACAUAAGACUUUCAGUCAAUUUGUGUGUAGUUUAAAGCUUUUAUAAUCUGAGAUAUUGUUUGUAUCAGGUUGAUGCAAAAGUAACUGCAGUUUUUGCCAUUAAAAAAUGAAAUUUAAAGAAAUUUUUUAAAUGGCAAAAACUGCAGUUACCUUUGCACCAACCUAAUAUAAAAGGAUUCAUCUGUAAGUGUCAUUUUGAGGCAAAAUAAUUUUCCCUCGCAUCUGAUGUGGACUCAAAUUUUGGCAACUAAAAUUUUAUCAUCUUGGUAGGCAUUCUGAAUUAAUGAAUACUACUAUGUUAUAUAGUAAACAAAUUUGCCAUAAAAUGCCAUUUAAAGAUUUUCUUUAGACCUUUAUUUCAGUUUAUAAGAAUAAAAAUAUAUGAGUGGAAGAUCACAUAAAAAAUAUGAAACUCCUACAGAGGAAAAUCCCCAAUUUUAUGAUUUAAUAGGUUGUAAAUUGGGUUGUUCCGAAUUCGGACUACAUCUCAUCAUAUAAAAUUAUGAAUAAUAAGGUUAAAGAGUAGCCAACAAAAGCUAAUCUAGUACACCAUAGACGUACUCUGGGUGUCUUGGUUUGGGAUAAAUUUUGAUAGUGGAGAAAGGCUACUUUGAUCUCUCUGUAACUGCUUGGAACCCUUUUUCCUAGGCAAUAUGCUCAUGUUACCCUCUUCAUGUGAUCUAUUCCUCAAAUGCUACAUUCUCCAAAACUUCCCUACCUGCCUCUAUGUCCCAGUCAUUCUUAUCAAUACUUCUUUUUAGAAAGAAAUUUGCUUUAACUAAUUUAUGUUAAAGUGUUAGUGACUGUAGCCCUUUUAUCUCUCUUAAAGAGAAAUCUGCAUUAAAAGCAAACGUUGCUGUUAGCACAAAUUAAUCUCAAUGAGUAGAAAAGCUUUAAAACAAAAGUGGAAAUCAUUUAAAUUAGUGUUGAUGGGACUAUUUUGAGACAAGAGAUUCCAUUAAGUGACCUAGCUUGGAAAUCUUUCCCCUUGCUCAAACCCAUGUAAUGUCUGAAACUGCUGUAUAUUUUCAGUGACCUUGAAAAAGGGAGCUAGUCAUUUGUAUUUACGGGCCUUAAGAAGUCAGGGCCUGCUGAUCCUGUUUUUAAGUUCAAGGGCAAUGCCUGGAGCAUCCUAGAUCUCCUUCACCAUCUUUCUACAUGACCUACAGCUAGGUCUUGUCUUCCAGCUCUGCUCAUUGAUAUUAAAUUUACAGAUGAAUACUAUCCAUGCUUGUUAAAAAAAAAAUUCUUUCCCCAUUUUACUGUUACAAUUUUUCAAGAGCUAUAAAGGUAGAAAAGGUAUUCUUUUUCAUUAUUCUAAAAAAAAAUUAUCAUUUUUAAAUAGCUGGCACUUAGCAGUUUAGUUUUCCAAACUUUAUUCUGAGUCAGAUUGCUGAGGUGAGUCUAAACUUCUAAUCUUGAUUAAUCAUAUAAACAUCUAAUUGGAAAGUGUUUAUGCUAAAGACUUAUAUUUUGUGGCAUUAGUUUUUCAUUUUUUUAUAUGCUCAUUAAAACUGUUCAUUUCCAAAUGAGUGAAAAAGUUGCUGUUGUUGGGAUGUACAGGGCAAGUGCACUUGGUUAGAGCAUGAACUGGGAAUUUCACAUUAGCUGAUGUGCUUUGCACUCUGCUCUUGUAGAUUUAUUUUGUUUACAGUAGACUGAUGUCAGUUUUUGUAAAUGUUUUUUCUUAGCACUUUAACUGUGAGUGUACAAACUGAUUUUAAAUGUAGUGGUUGUAUAUUUUGGUUAUAAAUUGGAAAUUUUUAAUAAAAUUAAAUAAUUUGUUCUCUU